AUGGUACGAAAAAAAGAUAAAAUUCGGGAGCAUGUUGAGGAGCUCCAAGGGAAUAAAUGGAAAUGUAAAUUUUGUCAAAAAGUAUUUAGUAGUGGGGCUUACAGAAUUAAAGCACACUUGUCGGGAAUUACUGGCCAUGAUGUUGAGAUUUGUAGUGAAGUCAAUCAUGAGACACAAGCAUGUGCAUUCUUAGCUAUGUCUGGAAGUGGAAGUAACAAAAAAUUAAAAAGUUCAGCCGGUUCUUCUACUGCUUUAAACUCUAAUGAUCAUGAGGAGGAAACAGAUUCACCUUUUUCACCACUUUCUAAGGGUAGCCAAAGACGUCAAAGUCAAGCAUCUUUACUAUUAAUGAAUAAGAAAAAAGACAAGGAGUUUGUUGAUAAAAUGUUUGCUAAGUGUUUUGUGGUGAAUAAUAUCGCUUUUAAUGUUGUUCAAACUAGUGCUUUUGGAGAAUUUGUUAAGGCAGUGGCUGAAUAUGGUGCAACAUACAAGCUUCCAUCUUAUUCAACUCUUCGAACUCAGUUAAUUCCAGAAUCUAGAAAAGGUGUUGAUGAUGCAGUGUUUAUAAAAUCAUUGGAUGUUUCUCGAGAAAUAAAAACUGGGAUUUAUCUGAAAGAAAUUGUUGCUUCUGUGAUUGAAUCAAUUGGACAAGAACAUGUUGUGCAAUUCAUAACUAAUAAUGGUAGCAAUUUCACAUCUGCUGGUGACAUACUCAUUGGAUUGUAUCCUCGAAUGUAUAAGACAAAUGAAGCAAGAAUAAUAGUUAUGUUCAUGACACGGUACACAGUUCUUCAUGCAGCAAUGAAAGAGUACACCAAAGAUAGACAAUUGAGACAACCUUGUGCCACAAGAUUUGCUUCAAAUUUUUUAAUGCUUCAAUCUGUGUUGGAUUUGGGAAAUGAACUUCGACUCUUUGUUGCUUCAUCUGAAUGGAGGAGUUUUGAUUAUUGUAAGACCGAAUCAAGUAAAAGGGUCACUGAAAUUGUCCAGAGUGAUUUUUGGACUAGAGGAAAGGAGGUUAUAAAAACUAUUGAGCCAUUGGUUCGAGUUCGAGUUCAAGUUCUUCAUUUGGUUGAUGGUGAUGGAUCUACUGCUGGUUAUUUAUAUGAAGCAAUGAUGAGGGCAAAAGUUGCAAUCAAAGAAAGAUGUAAUAGUGAGGCAAGCAAGUAUGGGAGAAUUUGGGAAUUGUUUGAGAAUCGCUGGGUCAAAAACAUCAUUCAUCCUAUACAUGUUGUAGUUGCCUUUCUCAAUCCAUCUUACUUUUUCUCACAAAAUUUUAGAGGGGAUAGGGAGACGAAAGAUGACAUCAAUUUCAUUUAUGAAAACCUGCUUCUAAUAGAAGAAAAGCAUCCAUUUAUGAGAGAGGUUCAGUUGUAUUGUAGUAGGCCAGCUACCUUAUUUACUGCAACGGCAAAAACGAUGUUACAAACAAGUCAUCCUCGAAUAUGGUGGGAUUACAAUGGGGAUGAUCUUCCUAUGCUCAAGAAGUAUGCCAUUCGAAUUCUGAGUCAACCUUGUAGCGCUUCAUCAUGUGAGAGAAAUUGGAGUGCCUUUGAAGCUGCUCAAAAAAAAAAAAGGAAUAGGUUGUCACAUGAAAUGCUAGACACACUUGUGUAUGUGAGGAUGAACACGAUGAUGAUGGAUAAGUUCACUUCCACGAUGAGUCACGACUUGGAACCUAUAGAUCUUGAGAAAUUGGGGAAGCUUCCAGACUAUGAAUAUGAAGAAAUUCAUAUGGACGAAGAUGCUAAUUCUACACCAACAGUUGAGGGUUACAUGGAUGACUUAAUGGAUAAUGAUGACAUUGCUGGUGCUUUUUUUUGA